AUGGAGCCGAUUUUGGAGCACGGUGAAGCGCGUUGCUCCGGUCAUCAGAAUGCGAGUCUGGAAUUUCCGGUGACUUCGAGUGUCUAUUUGAGCACCGAGUUUGGCGAACUGCCCAGUGUGUGAGUUUGAAAAAAAAAACUUUUGCGCGCACCCGGGCUCGAACCAUGACCUCAAAUUCUAAAAGCGAACAUCUAACCGCCUGAGCUAAGCGAACAUAUUUUGCGAUUGCGUCAAUUUCGUUUUUAAUAUCGCUAUUUUCAAUGAAAAAAUGAAAUUUGAGAAGCCCAAAUUUGUUUGUUUUGAAAAAUAAAUGACUAAUUUCAGGGCCAAAGCAUAAAUUCAAAUUUUUCGACGUUAACAUCAAAGAACAAACUUUUUCAACUCUUUUGUUAAAAAAAAAGAACAAUCUCAUCAAUUUUUAUUGUGUUACACUUUUUUUUUCAAAAUGUAUAUAUGAAUAAUCAGUUUUGCCACGUCAUAGCGAAAAAACCCGCGCGCACCAGGGAUCGAACCCAGGUCUCGCAACCAACACAAAACUCUAACCGACUGAGCUAUCCUCACCAAUUCUUCCAGGCUCACUCAAAUCUUUAUCAUCACCGCAUUUCUCCUGUUGAUUUUGGUGGCCGUGAUCGGAAAUUCGGUGGUUUUGUGGAUAAUUUAUCGACACAAAGUGAUGCAUCAUGGUUUCAAUUUCUUUCUUUUCAACAUGGCUUUUGCCGAUUUGCUCAAUGCACUUUUCAACGUCGGAACUUCGUGGCCAUACAAUUUGUACUAUGAUUGGUGGUGGGUUUUCAGCAUUUUCAGCAAGCAAAUUGGGAAUUAGAAAUGUCUCUUUUUGUGUUGUUUGAAGGUCGACGUUGAAAACAAACGGAAACUAACAAUUAGUUAGGCGAGAGAGCCAAAGAUCGUGCAAAUUUCGAGAAAUACACGGGGUGAACUGGAAAUUUUGAAUUUUCAGGGGAUUUAGAAAAUUAUUUCGAUAUUUUCAAAAAAAAAUGAAAUAUAGAUAGAAAUAUUUGUAGCCCUUGAAAAUCCCUACAAAAUGAGUACGAAUAUUAUUUUCAGAGAUAUUUUCAGAUUUUUGAAAUCUAGGGGAGUUUGGGGAUCUGAAAAUAUUGUUUGUCCUGAAUUUUCAGCAAAAUUUCGAAAUUUUCAGAAAAAAAUUUUUAUAGCCCUUGAAAUUCCCUACAAAAUAAGUACAAAUAUUGAUAUUUUCAGAUAAUUUUCAGAUUUUUGAAAUCUAGUGGAGUUUAGGGAUCUGAAAAUGUAGAAAAUGCUCUAAUCAUAUUUGAGCCUGAAUUUCAGCACAAAUCUCAAAUUUCAGAAAAAAAAAGUGAAUGAGAUAUUUUCAGAUUUUUGAAAUCCCGUGGAAGCUGGAUUUUCAGCCAUAAAAAAAUUUCAGAAAAUUCUAAAGUUUCAGCUCAAUUUGUACAGAAUUUCUAGGGCUACAAAAUCCAUUUUUAAAAUUUUUAGAAAUUUUCAGAAUUAUGCUCAAAAUACCCAUGUUUAUACUCAUUUUGUAGCCAAUUUUCAGCUGGAUUUUCAGCCAUCAAAAUAUUUCAGAAAAUAUUCAAGUUUCAGCUGAAUUGGUGAGAAAUUUCAAGGGCUACAAAAAAAAAUGAAAUUUUCAGAAAUUCCAGCUAAAACACCCAUGUUUAUACUCAUUUUGUAGCCAAUUUUCAGCUAGAUUUUCAGCCACACCCAAAUUUCAGAAAAUAUUCAAGUUUCAGCUCAAUUUGUAGAGAAUUUCAUGCAUAUUCCAGCUAAAACACCCAUAUUUAUACUCAUUUUGUAGCCAAUUUUCAUCUGCAUUUUUCCUCCAGGUUCGGCAACACAUUCGCCAUCACCACAUUUUUCGGCAUCGCUCCAACAACAGUUUCGGUGUGCUCAAUGAUGUGUUUGAGUUAUGAUCGUUGUUUGGCUGUGACUCGACCAUUGAGAAAACGGCCGCUUUCGCGGAGAAGAAGUCUGAUUGCGAUUUCGGUGAUUUGGUUGAUUUCGACAGCAACUGCACUGCCUUUUGCAUGGGAUGCUCAUGUUAGUUUUUUUUUUUUUUUUUUUUUUUGAAAAAAAACUUGUCUACGAAAAUGAUAAUGUUAACUAAUUAGGGGAUUAGCAUUAAAUUUUUCAGAAAUCAGAAAACACAUUAAUUUUUGGAAUCUAUGUGGAUUGGGCGGGGGAGUAGGAUUACUGUAAUUUUAGCUUAAGAACCUUAAGGGUGUUUGGGUUCAUUUUGUAGAGAAUUUCAAGAGCUCUAAGAUGAGCUAGCAUAGAGUUUCUGGAAUUAUCUAGAAGCAUCAUUUUCACCUUAUCGAAAAUCUCAUCGGUUCCACGCGCUCCACCGAAAUAAAUACGCAACGCAGACCGCGUCGCGCCACAACACACACAAAUAAGGAAACGAUUCAAAUUCCCUCCCUUUUUGUGUGGCGCGGCGCGGUCUGCGUUGCGUGUGGAGCGCGUGGUACCGAUUCGAUAAUACAAGAUGACUCUGAAGUACGCACGACCAUACAAGGCGCCCGUUAAGUCAGACGCGAGAGUAUUUUGCAAAAAUAUCCCAAAAAUUAAUUUCGCUUCGAGAUAUUUUCAAUAAAACAUGUGUUCCUUGAAACAAAAUACGGUAUUUUUUCAAAGGGACACAUAUUUUCUCAAAAAUAUCUCGAAGCGAUGUCUUUCUCUGUCUCAGAUGACGUCAUCAGACUCCCGUCGUCUCUCGUCUGACCCGAGGGGCUAUUUUCUAUUGAAGGAGUAAAUGGUCGUGGUACGAUACCUCCCUUUAAACUUCAAAUUUUGAACUGUAAUCCUAGUUAUCAUAAGUAUCUUUAAGUGGGCUUUGAAGCCUCUACAAGUUAGGCUAACUCUGAAAUUUUGAAAUCCUCUGAAUUUUUUUAAUAUUCAUUUUAAAGCCCCUUUUCUCCUCUACCACUUAUCCUAACUCAAUUUUUCGCUCAAAUUUUCGAAUUUCAGGUCGAACAAGCGUAUAUCUAUGAUUGCUCAACGGGUGCACUUCAAAUGCUCCAUUUGGCUCGGUCAAAUGGAGGACGUCUGUGAGUUUCCGCUAACUAAUAGGAUGUUUUUCCUAUUCGAGUCCUUGGAAAAUUUAUAAUUAGAACAGGAAUUGGAUUUUUGAUUUGGGUUUUUCGAGAAAAAUUCUUUUUUUGUCUUUUUCAGAGGGAUUAGGAUUAUUUUCAGGGUUUUUUUCCAAAUUUUUUCUAAAAAAACACGAAAAACACGUGGCUGAAAAUGAAAAAGGGAUAAAAAAUUUCCAGCAUGGAUACAAUGCUCUUCGUGAUUCAAUACGCAAUUCCCCUUCUCGUCCUAUCCACAACAUUCGCCAAAAUUGCGCUAACUUUGCGCGAAUCCAACGAGCCCACUGCAGACAACAAGUGCUCCAAACAAAGUUGUCAUAAUCGGGCGAAAAGUAAGGCGAUCAAAAUGUUGGCGUUGAUGGUUUUGGCUUUUAUGAUUUGCUGGCUACCCUAUCAUAUUUAUCAUACGAGCAUGGUGGGUUUUGGUGGCCUAGGAAUCUGCCUUGAAAACUAGUCCCUGACAUUCAAUAAACCAAAAUUUCAGAUGGAAGGAAGUGUCAACACGUAUUUAUUGAUCUAUUGGGUCGCAAUGUCGUCAUGCGCCUUUAAUCCAAUAAUUUAUUGUUUUUCCAACGAACGUUUUCGAAUCGGUUUUCGCUAUGUGUUCCGUUGGAUUCCGAACGUCGAAUGUAAACGCGAAAACUAUGAAUACUCCCAACUUUUCCCCGAUAAAAUGCGAAGUAUGGCGAUUUCGCUGCAAAAGGGAAGAAUGUCGGCGACGGUGCCGAUUCAAAAUGAGCAGAGAAGGCAUUUUUCGUCGCAAGGUAGCCUAUUAUAGAACUUUUUUUUUUAAAUUAUCACCAUUUUUCAGGUUAUUCAACUCCUGACAUCGUGAAAUGCAGUGUUGAAGCAGAAAAACCAAAAAAAUAUGCAAAUCUUCUAACUUCUGAUUGA